AUGACAUCGCCCGGAGAUGCUACUCCGGUCAAACCUCCACCGUCCUUCUCCCCCGGCAUUGCGCGAGUCGCAUCUAAAUCACCAUCGCGAUACCCUGGGGAGCAUGAAACAACUCAAUCUCUAGAUGCCGAACUCACGGGAUCCCAUACAGUCUCACCCCCGACCCCUCUGUCCGCUACUGUCGCCGAAUUACCAAUACGGUCUAGCUCGUCACACUCGCGCUCCGAGAGAUCCUCGACCGGUCAAUUAGCGAGGUCAUCCAUCGGUUCGCCUUUCGAUGGCAGAGCAGAUGGCUCAGAAGACAUACGUUCAUCGAUUAUCCGGUCAUUCUCGCCUACGAUCGCAGUCCAUGCCUCUGAGGAUACCGAUGAUUUGGUGAGGAAUAAGGGGUUCAAAGGGGGAUUCUGGGAGUUGAUCCGGCCCUUUGGAGAAACGGUUUCUGGGAAGGUGGUGAUUCGGGACAGCAUAGGCUCAAGCCGUGCCUGGGAGGAUUAUGGAGUGCGCUUUAUCAACUUCAAAGGGAUCGGCAAGGCUCCGGCUGGUCAAGACUCUGGGCCUCUGGCACAGAUUGAAGAAGUACUGUCCAAGCAGUUGAACUCCUCAGGGGAUACGCUUGGUGGAACGGUACGAACUAAAGAUGUCUUGGGAUUCCCCGCAACAACUCCAUUAUGCAAAUCGUUCUUGCAGCAGCUUUUGUCUUCGACACCUGCAGCGCCCCAUGAGACUUUUGGCCACCCGGUAGCGAAUGUAAUAGCCAUCAGCUCACGGAAUCCAUCACCAUUGGAGACACUCCGACAACUAUACGCCGAUGGCGCUACUGGGGAUCAACACCUACCCACCUGGAUCAAUCAGGAGUAUCUUCGAUAUUACGUUUUGAUUCACGAUGAGGAGCGAGAUGAUAUCACGGAAUCUACCAAACUUUAUGAUCAAAUGAAGCGGCACUUUGGGCUCCAUUGUCAUCUUCUAAGACUGCGGAGCAGCCAGUGUGUGGUGACAGAUGACGACAGCAUGCAAGUUCCGCAAUGUGAAUGGCUUUCGCCGUCAGAGCAUCUGUCAGGAGCAGGCGAAGCAGAAGCCUUGGUUGACCUCGGUACUGAUGGCACACCAUAUCUCUUUGGCUCUGAUGCCACCGGGAUUAGGGCGUUCAUCCGAGAGCUGGUGGUGCAGUCUGUAAUUCCAUUCAUGGAAAACAAAGUAGCAAUUUGGAACGACCAAGUUGCAUCUAAGAGACGUGGUAUCAGUGGCAAAUUCAUGUCAAUGUCUCGGCGAUGGGCUGGCUUCGGUUCCAGUUCCCGCUCAAGCAUUGGAGGCUCGGCGGGUGGUAGCGGCAACUACGAUCCAACGCAACACUUUUAUAGCCCAGAUUCCCCGGAAGCUAUCCUGCGCAAGAUGGCGGACUUUUCAUUCAUGCUCCGCGACUGGAAGCUGGCUUCAUCCACAUAUGAUAUGAUUCGAUCCGAUUUUGGCAACGACAAAGCGUGGAAGUACCAUGCUGGUGCCCACGAGAUGUGCGCCGUCAGCAUGCUUUUAAAUCCAUUGGCUACGUCAGCCAAAAUCAAACUUGACAGCGUUGACCAAAUGUUCGAGACUGCGUGCUACUCCUAUCUCACACGUUGUUCAGAUGCGCCACAUGCACUCCGUUGUCUGUCCCUAGCGGUCGAACUUCUUAAGUCUCGUGGCGGAUCGGCCACCGAGAGUGCAGCCAAAUGGGCCAUGCGGGUCAUGGACUUUGGUCUGGUGGGCUCAGUUGGUCAAAUUCUGUAUACCGAAAGGGUAGCUGCAUGCUACGCUUCGAAAACACCAGGUGGAGCGGCGAAAUGGGGUGGACGUCGCCGAAAAGCCGGCAUGUGGAGCAUGCUCGCUGCCGAUCAGUGGCUCAAAGCUGGCCAGCCAACUCUAGCUUCAGCUUGUCUGGAGGAAGCCGAGCGUCUCUAUGCUGAUGUGCUGCAGGCUGACGGGGUGUUCCCCAUGCCUGAGAUGCAGAGCUUCGUUGAGAACCUACGCCAUGCUGUGAAGGUCGAAUAUCUUGAGGCAAGGGGAUUCGAUGCCCGGGAUGAACCGCCCGCGGAAGACUCUACAGCACCUGAGGAGACCAGUGAGAAGCUCGACAAGCGCCAUCAUCGCCGCUCUUUGGUUGGACUUCCUGUGCAACUGGAUACCGGGGCCUUGAACACGACGCAGGAGCCUCGGGAUCCUGAUGGGCCAUCCAAUGAUGACUUUGAACGAGCUUAG